AUGGUAAAAAAAAAUUCUCGGUAUUCAUUAGAAAUCUGGCCUUAUGAUAAACCGAGAAAUCUAUUUGUUUACGUAAAACCUUAUGAAGUAACAACAACAAUUGAACCAAUCAAACAAUAUAAUCACUCGGAAAUAUUUUUAAAUAUAAUUGUCAUCACAGCACUUAAUCAUGAAGAUCGAAGAAUUGCUAUAAGACAAACAUGGGCCAGUAAAAAGAGAAUAAAUAAUAAAAAAAUAGCAGUGAAUUUCUUGAAUUUACUAAAACAAGAAUCUGAUAAGUAUGGGGAUAUAAUCCAAGAACCCUUUAUCGAUUCUUAUUACAAUUUGACAAUAAAAGUUGGAAUGAUGCUCAAAUGGAUAAAAAAUAAUUAUCCAGAUACGAGAUAUAUUUUAAAAGCUGAUGAUGAUGUGUACAUUGAUAUUCCAAACUUGUUGAAAAAUUUAUCACAGCAUGAAAACAGUAGUGAAUUAUUAUUGAUGGGUCAACUGAAUACGUUAUCUUUACCGAAUAGAGAUCAAUACAACAAAUGGUAUAUGCCAAAUUAUAUGUAUAGCGAAUCAACUUAUCCACCAUACUUGGAUGGACCUGCUUACAUCAUGAGUCAAGCAGUUUUAAACAAACUGUAUGAAAAAGCAUUAUCACUUCCAAUUUUACAUCUUGAAGAUCUUUUUUUCACUGGAAUUUGUGCUCGUGAAGCAAAUAUUGAUCCUAUCAACAACAAAAAUUUUGGAUUUUUUGCUGAACCUCUUGGACUCAUUAUGAAACAUGGAAUUACAAUUGCAGAGAUGAAUCGUAUGUGGAAAAAUAGAAGUCAAUUGAAUAAUUAUGAAAAUUAA